GCCACAGCUGGGCCCUGCUUGCCCCGCCCCGAGAUCGCUGGUGCCCUCCAGUAGUUCUGGGGGGCGGGCAGAUGGGAGGAGUGAUGGAGCUGUCGUGGGGAGGGCUAAGUCUAGGUUCUCCCCGAGGGAUCAAGGGUCUGGAGACCUCUGGGUUUGGCGCCCAGGAGGCACUGAGUCGGACUGCUGCGGGGUGGGCUUUGGGUGGACCCAAGAAGCUCCUUAGCACCUCUGGCAGCAGCGCGGGUGCCAUGGCCUUGAUUGAAGGUGUAGGCGAUGAGGUGACUGUCCUUUUCGCGGUGCUUGCUUGCCUUCUGGUGCUGGCCCUCGCCUGGGUCUCAACACAUACCACUGAGAGUACAGACCCCCAACCACAGCCGCCGGGGACCACAGCACCAGCACAGCCCAGUGAAGCCAUGUCAGCUACUGACAGCAUCAGAGAGGAGGCCCCAGGGGCUGAGAGUCCCAGCCUGAGACACAGAGGUCCAUCUUCACAGCCAGAGCCUGACACAGGGGUCACAGCAUCAACACCUCCAGACUCUCCACAGGAACCCCUACUUCUACGGUUGAAAUUUCUCAAUGACUCUGAGCAGGUAGCCAGGGCCUGGCCUCAGGACACCGUUGGCUCCUUAAAAAGGACCCAGUUUCCAGGCCAGGAACAGCGGGUUCGGCUCAUCUACCAAGGUCAACUGCUAGGCGACGACACCCAGACACUAGGCAGUCUCCACCUGCCUCCCAACUGCGUUCUCCACUGCCACGUGUCCACGAGAGUCGGUCCCCCACAUCCUCCCUGCCCACCGGGGUCAGAGCCCGGCCCCUCCGGGCUGGAAAUCGGCAGCCUUCUGUUGCCCCUGCUGCUCCUGCUGCUGCUCCUGCUCUGGUACUGCCAGAUCCAGUACCGGCCCUUCUUUCCCCUGACCGCUACCCUGGGCCUGGCCGGCUUCACCCUGCUCCUCAGUCUCCUGGCCUUUGCCAUGUAUCGGCCGUAGUGCCUCCACGGGCUUUCGGCAGUGUAGCCAGCCCCUCUGGACCUCAUUCCCCAAGGCGCAAAGGGAGCUGCUGUCUGCCCAGGCCCACUUCACCCGCUGCCUGUCUUUUCCCACUACCGUGGAGCCCAGCUUUGCGCCGCAGAGGACUGCGGGUGUUAGCGGAGGCCGCUCCAUGCGAUCUCCAUAGCUCGAGGCCAUCUCCUGGGGCUGCUGGACCUCCGCCUUCGCUGACAGUGGGCUCUUCUGGAUCAGGCACUUGCUGUCGCUGCCUUGGCCCGGCCCAGAGCCGGGGCACCCCAAUGGGCCCAUCUUAGUGUGCUGACAGAGGAUCUAUUUACUUCUAGUUUCAAACAGUUGCCUCGGCCGAAUUGGAAACUGGUGGACUGGGAGACUGGUGAAGGGGAAUUGAGAGGGGCAGAGUUGUUUUCUGGAAUUUGUGCAGAUUAAAGAAACUGUGACGUUUUC